UGCAGGGGCCGUUGUGGCCGUGGUGUGGCUCUCGGUGACCGGCCCCUGGGGAACAGGGAGACUGGCGAGGGUUAGGCUGAGCGGAGCAGCCCCUGUCAUCGUGGGUACCACAGCCGACUGCUGGGAUGGGAAGGAGGUCACGGACCACAGGAGUGUGUCUGCUGCUGCGGUGGGUGCGAAGCCCAGUGGCCUGCUAGUUACAUUUUACGAUCAGUCGUCGAGGCCAGGGGUCGGCCAAGGCCAAGCCAGAGGACAGGAGCCGGGUUCUCUGUCCUGCGGAGAUGAUAGGCCACUGUUGAUGGCAUGGGUCCCGGGCAGGGGGGCUGUGGCAGGCCCCGAAUCCUCGCCUCGGGGACGGCUGGUCACGGCUACGGGAUUCCUGAUUGCUCUCUCCUCCCCCCAGCUGGGAGCGUCCACCCGCCUUCCACCAGCAUGGCGACGUCCUCCCAGUACCGCCAGCUGCUGAGCGACUACGGACCACCUUCUCUAGGCUACACGCAGGUAUGGCGGCAGGGUGGUGGCUCCCCGGCCAUGCCCCGCCAGGCCAUCCUGUCCCAGGAGGAGAAGCGGGCCCGGGCCCGGGAAAGGGACCGCCUGAAGAAGCGGCGGCGGCGGGAGGAUGGGCUGAAGCGCAGCCUGGAGAGGCAGCGCAACGCCCUGGCCAUGAGGCGGUGGCGGGAGCAGCGGAAGGAGGAGUGCGGGGCCACAAGGAGGCGCCGGCAGGAGGCUGAGGACCUGGACCAGGAGAAGAGGAAGGACCUCGAGACUAAGCAGCAGAGGCAGCAGAGAAGGAGGGAGGAGCAGAGUCUUCUCUUGGACUGGAUUCCUCUCCCGGACCGGGUUCCUCUCCUGGACCGGGUUCCUCUCCCGGACCGGGUCCGGCGGAUGAUCCCAGCCCCUGCCUCUUCUCUUCCAGGCAUCAUCCACGCGAGAGGGCUGGUUCGGGAGUGCUUGGCUGAGACGGAGCGGAACGCCAGGUCCUAGCCUCCGAGUCAGCGCGAAGGCUUUCCAUCUUCUUCCCAGAAGUGACAGCUCAUGCCCCCUAUUCCGAUGAAACUUGGUUUCAGAAUGGUAACAGCUUGGUUUCUUCUCCCCGUGCCCCUCCCGUGGCUCGUCAGGCUCCGAACCUCCCGUCGCUGAGAUGGAGAUUUUCGCAGUUAUUAGGUUUACAUGUUAGUUAGGAACUACCCAGGGCGUUCUGUGUUUUUUUAAGCAUUGAUUUACAUGAUGCACGUCAGUUACCUAUCACCGCAAACCGUAGUUGGCCUCCCAGAUACCGGUGUUUCUCUUCUGGAUGCAUUUCUGUUACGUGGUUCUUUGUUUCUCUUCUGAGCUGAUCCAGCUCUGAGGGUUUGUUUCAGCGAGUCCUGCGGCAGCGCUUUAGUAGCCAGCGCGUUUGCCACACACUAUAAAUUCUGCUCAGUGUAACUUUUUUUUUUUUGCUUAAGCAUUUGCAUGACUAUUAGUACUUUGAAGUCCAUCUUUAAAAUGCACAAGUUAUAAAUACAGAAGAAAGAGCAACUUACCGAACCUCAACCUCCAACCUCGCCUGACAAGGACCCCUGAAAUUUUCCCUAAGGAUGUAUGUAGAUUUCAGUUCUGCCUUUCCCAUCAGUGGAUCCAAACAUCUGGAAGAAAGUGACUAAUACUGUUUGCAUCUUUGUAUGUAUUUAUUACUUGAUGUAAUAAAGCUUAUUUUCAUUAACAACUGG